AGUGUUUGGCUUUAGCCCAAGACAGCAGCAGUAAAUCAAAAUCAUCCAAUCAACAAUGGCAGCAAAGAUUGUUAUCGCUUUGGCUCUGUUCGCCGUGGCCCAUGGCGCCGUGCUGAGGACCGCUGCUCCGGUGGCAGUGGCUGCUGCUCCGGUGCCCGUUCUGGCCAAGACCGUCGAGCUGGAGGAGGUGGACCCGCAUCCCCAGUACUCGUACAGCUACGACGUCCAGGACACUCUAUCCGGCGACAACAAGGGACACGUGGAGGAGCGCGAUGGGGACAUCGUCCGCGGAGAGUACUCCCUGAUCGACGCCGACGGCUUCAAGCGCACUGUGACCUAUACCGCCGACUCCGUCAACGGAUUCAACGCCGUCGUCCGCCGUGAACCUCUGGCCGCCUUCGUGGCCGCCGAGCCGGUGGUAAAGGUUGCCGCCCCGCUGGUCAAGGCCGCCCCCGUCGCACCCGUCGCCCUGGCCGCACCAGCUCCCAUUGUCCGCUCCGCCCCCCUCGCCGUCGCCGCUCCCCUGAUCAAGUCCGCUCCCCUGGCAGUUGCCACGCCUUUCGUCCGCUCCGCGCCCCUGGCGGUGGCUGCCCCCGCCCCUGUUCUGCGCACCGCUGCCUAUGCCACGCCCCUGCGGUACACCGCCCCCACCUACACCAUCGCCAACUUGUAA